CCCAGAACUGCCCCGGUAUAUAGUAUUUCCCAUUUUCCGCUUAGCGGUAAUGCGCGCUCUGAGUACACGGUGGUCCGGACGCUUUUAGGAAACACGCCGCGAUGGAGCACGCGAACAAACGGGACACGCAGAAUGGUCUGUUUGCCGGCUUCCGUACCGCCUUUAAAUCCUUCGCCACGGACGCCAUCCACGUCGGGCAGGAGCCGGAGCAGUGGAAGUCGAUGGCUGUGGUGCCGCCUAUUUCCCUGUCCACAACGUUCAAGCAGUACUCACCGGGGGACCACGCCGGUUUUGAAUACAGCCGAAGUGGAAAUCCUACCAGAAACUGUCUAGAAAAGGCCGUGGCAGCUCUGGAUGGAGCAAAGUACUCUCUCGCCUUUGCAUCAGGACUGGCUACCACAGUGACCGUCACUCACCUGCUGAAGUCAGGGGAUGGGAUCGUGUGCAUGGAUGAUGUGUACGGAGGCACAAACCGGUACUUCCGAAGAAUUGCAGCUGGUCUUGGCGUGGACGUUUCUUUUGCUGACUGCACAAAACCAGAACUGCUCAAGGCUGCUCUGAAGCCCAACACCAAACUUGUGUGGAUCGAGACACCAACCAACCCCACGAUGAAGGUGGUUGACAUCAAGGCCUGCUCCGAUUUGGUGCACGAGCACAACAAGGAUAUCGUGGUUGUCGUGGACAACACGUUCAUGUCGGCGUAUUUCCAGCGCCCUCUGGCAUUGGGAGCAGAUAUUUGCAUGUAUUCGGCCACAAAAUACAUGAACGGUCACAGUGAUGUGGUGAUGGGGAUGCUCUCAUUGAACAACGAGGGUCUGUGUGAGCGACUGAGGUUUCUGCAAAACGCUCUGGGUGGUGUCCCGUCUCCCUUCGACUGUUUUCUGUGUAACCGUGGACUGAAAACGCUACACCUGCGAAUGGAGCAGCACUUCAAAAACGGCAUGGCUGCUGCUAAGUUCCUGGAGGCGGAUCCCAGGGUGGAGCGAGUCAUUUUUCCUGGUCUGCCCUCGCACCCCCAGUAUGACAUAAUGAAGAGACAGUGCACUGGAUGCCCGGGGAUGAUUGCCUUCUACAUUAAAGGGAAACUUGAAAAUGCGAAAGCCUUCCUUUGUAACCUGAAGUUGUUUGCGGUCGCAGAAAGUCUUGGUGGAUAUGAAAGUCUAGCAGAACAUCCAGCAAUCAUGACUCAUGCGUCAGUGCCAGAAAAUGAAAGGACUAUUCUGGGGAUCACCGACACCCUGAUCCGCCUCUCUGUUGGAUUGGAGGAUGAGGCUGACAUCAUUGAAGACCUGGAUCAGGCGCUGAAUGCUGCUCAUCCAAAGAGAUUGAAGAUGAGCGACCUGAAGAACUAAAGAUCAAUAUGAGGUCCCCUCAGUGGAUUGACAAACUCAUUGGGAAACCAUUUAUUCUUGCUGUCCCUCUGCAAGGAUGGUGAGCUCAUGCUGCCACCUGCUGGCUAAAACUCCACUGUGCCACUUUAAAAAAGAAUUUCCUGCCAUCCACAACGAAUAAAAAUGUAUUAACUUCUCCCGUGUGAGCAAAAUAUUUUUAAAUAAUUACAUUUGAUAUGAAAACUUAGAUAUGGAUGAAUUGCUCUGCACAUGUCUUAUUUGGAGCAGAAUAAUAACGGUCACUUUUGUUUACAAGCUUUUAAAUUAAUUUUUUGUUAGAUUUCUAAAGAACAAUGUAUAAAGGGACCCAUUUGUGAUGAAAACGAAGGAAAAAAAAGCAGGGCUCUUACGUUUUGCAAUCCCUGCAUGAAUGUUAUGGGAAAAUGCAUUAAAAUCAUUGAAAAACAACUUGA